AUGGAGUUACAGCAAGCGAGCCCGUUGAUCAAGCUUGAGCCUUCACCGGCCGAGUCUUUCCUCUCUCUCCCCAACGAACACUACACGUCGCUCUUCGCCCCGAGCACACCCUCCUCAACCACCAUCAACCCUCUGGAUGUCAUGACCCCCCAGUCACUCUCGGAAGACAGCAAUACCUCUCAGCUGCUUCCUGUCUCGGAAGCCGCCGAGGGCAGGACACCCGUGCCGGAGGAACCUUGCUCGGAAAAGAAGCCCUCGAAAAAGAGAAAAUCCUGGGGCCAGGUCCUCCCCGAACCAAAGACGAAUCUACCUCCCAGAAAACGAGCCAAGACCGACGACGAGAAGGAGCAGCGCCGAGUAGAACGCGUCCUUCGCAAUCGCCGCGCAGCCCAGUCAUCAAGAGAGCGAAAGCGCCUCGAAGUGGAGGCGCUUGAGCACAGGAACAAGGAACUCGAGGUCAUGCUCGCCGACGCGCAGAAAACAAACAUGCUGUUGCUCGAGGAGCUGAACAAGUUUCGGCGUGACUCGGGUGUCGUCUCUCGGUCGUCAUCGCCUUUGAGUUCCCUACGCGACGCCCCCAUCACCUUGUCUCAGGAGCUUUUCAGCUCACAAGAUUGUCGCGGCGAAUCCAACGUGGCCACCAACCUGGUUGACCAAUUGAUCGAGUCGGCCAAUCCUACCGUCAACCCAGCCUCGCUAUCCCCGGAGCUGACGCCCGUCCCCGAUGAACCCCAACCUGGCUUCUCUGAGGUUGCGCUUACCGGCGAACAGAACCUUGCCGCUUGCUCCGACCUGACACAACAUCCUGCUGAGAUGUUCAUCGGCGAUUCUUUCGGCCUGUCAGCGGCCAUUGACACAGAUCGCUAUGUCCUCGAAAGCGGUCUUCUCGCUUCUCCCGACUCCUCCAUUGCUGGCGACGAUUAUAUGGUUGGUGACCCUGCCGCCAGCCUCGCAGGACAGUCGCACCUGGACCUCUUCAACAUCGACGACUUCCUCAACCACGAGGCAAACAACGUCGUCUCCGACAUUAUGGCAGCGAGCAACUAUGCCGACGCAGAACACGGCUUCGACCGCAAGGUCCACGACUCUGAGAUUCAAGUCUCUUAA